CGAAGUAUAGUCACGUGACUAAUAGUUUAUGUUUUGCAGCGAAAGUCACUUCACUAUUGAAUCGCAAAUCAGUUGUCUUUUGGUUAACCAUUCAUUUAAUUAUCACCUGAAAGACAGAUCCCGAGGAAGCAAUGGCCACACUAUUAACCCGAUGGUCACCAUCUGUUCUCAAGCCAUGGAUGACCAGUAGGACUGCCGCAGUCAUCAGCAGCGGUCAGACGCAAGUGAUGGCAAAUAGCAGCUCAAGACGUGAUACGGAGUCCGUUAUCACCGCACGAUCGAUGCACACGAGUCCAAGACAUGAGACACACGCCAAAUACGGCGGAAGAUUUAUGGUCACAUCACUGCCCGGCGAUGGCAUCGGACCUGAAAUGAUAAAAAACGUUAAAAAAGUCUUCAAAGCUGGUGGUAUACCCGUAGACUUCGAGGAAGUGAGUCUGGAUUCACACCACGAAGACCACGAGAAUAUGUUCGAAGCGAUCACUUCCAUCAAACGCAACGGUGCGGCCCUUAAGGGCAAUAUCGAGACCCGCGAGCACUCGAAGCACUUCCUGAGCCGUAAUGUUGAGCUCCGACUGCGGCUCAACCUCUACGCCAAUGUCAUUCAUUGCCAGUCGAUGCCUGGCGUCCACACCCGGCAUAAGGACAUCGAUAUCUAUCUGAUCCGACAGAACACGGAGGGGGAGUACAGCUGUUUAGAGCACGAGUCGGUCGACGGUGUGGUGGAGUCGCUGAAGAUCAACACGGAGGGGGAGUACAGCUGUUUAGAGCACGAGUCGGUCGACGGUGUGGUGGAGUCGCUGAAGAUCGUGACGCGACAGCGCACGGAACAGAUCGCGAGGUAUGCCUUCGAGUUCGCCAAACGCAACGGUAGGAAGAAGUUGACGUGCGUUCACAAGGCUAAUAUCAUGAAACUGGCCGACGGAUUGUUUCUGAAGAUAUGUACGGAUAUGGCGAAGGAAUACCCGGAGAUUAAGUACAAUAACAUGAUUAUCGAUAACUGUUCGAUGCAGUUGGUCUCAAACCCGAACCAAUUUGACGUACUAUUGCUGCCCAACCUCUACGGCAAUAUACUUACAAACAUAAUGUGUGGACUGGUAGGCGGGCCGGGCGUGACUUCCGGUGGUAAUUACGGCGAUAAUUAUGCUGUAUUUGAAACGGGAACCCGAAAUACGGGUAAAUCAGUUGCGGGCAAAAACAUAGCCAAUCCGUUGGCGAUGUUUAACGCGAGCGCCGACCUACUGGAGUACCUCGGGUUGGACUCGUACGCCGUCAUCCUAAGGGAGUCGAUAUAUAAGUGCAUAAAUGAGGCUAAAGUCCAUACGCCAGACCUCGGGGGUCAGGCGUCGACCAGCGAUAUCGUCGACUACCUGUCGAAUGAAGUGAGGAAUAGGACGCGGUUAGUCAGUCACUAAGACAUACCGGUGCUCUCGUGCGGUCACAGAUCUGAGCGUUUAAUUAGUAUUGAAUUUAAUGCAAUUUUAGGCACAAGUUAUUUGACAUUUAAUUUAUUUAUUGUUUUAAAUGAAUUUAUUGAUCGGUUAUCCAAAUGAAAG